GUUCGCAUCUUCCUGCACCACUCCUCAGUGCCCUUCAGCGUCACCCCAGCCUCUCCAACUGCAGCGAUCACGGAAGCAGAAGUGAAGUCUGUGCAGGCAGCAUGGGCCGGUGCUAUCAAGAGUAUCUCCCAGACCUAUCUUGAUGGAGGGGACUACGUCGCGGCGGCCACCGAAGCUGCUGGCGCGCUGUAUGGCUAUGGCCACACCAAUGUUCUCUUCAAGCCAACCAAGGCAGCGGAAGCACACGCUGCCGAUGGCAGCAAGACCAAAGUGGAGUACACGUUCGGCUACAAGAGGAACGCCGACGGCAAGGUGCGCAUCUUCCUGCACCACUCGUCAGUGCCUUACAGUCUGCCGCCCGCCGCUUCAACUUCAAAGAUCUCCGACCAAGAAGUGAAGAGCGUGCAGGCAGCAUGGGCGAAUGCCAUCAAGAGUAUCUCCAAGACCUACUUGGACGGAGGGGACUACGUCGCAGCUGCUGCCAAAGCAGCUGGCGAGCUCUACGGCUAUGGCCACACAAACGUGCUCUUCAAGCCUACCAAGGCAGCUAAGGCACCGUUUCGACCAACUGGCGCAGAUGCCAUGUCCUANNNNACUGGGGCAGAUGCCAUGUCCUACUUUGUUGGGCACAAAGCGGUCGAGAAGGGCUAUGCUGAGGACGCUGGCUUUGCCAUCAACGGCGGCAAGGGAUGGUCGGAUGUGGUCUUCCAGAACCACAAAAUUGAUAUCAGUGCUAAGGUUGCCAUUGCCGUGGGCACCUACUUCUUCACAAGCGCUGCAGCAGCAUGGGCAAACGCCAUCAAGAGUAUCUCCAAGACCUACCUGGAUGGAGCUGGUGAGCUCUACGGCUAUGGUCACACCAACGUGCUCUUCAAACCAACCAAAGCAGCCGAAGCGCCGUUUCGACCGAUGCUGGCUUNNUCGGACGUGGUCUUCCAGAACCACAAAAUCGACGUCAGUGGCGAUGUUGCCAUUGCCAUGGGCACCUACUACUUCACCAGCGCUUCGGAUGGGAGCAAGACCAAAGUGGAGUACACGUUCGGCUACAAGAGGAACGCCGACGGCAAGCUGCGCAUUUGCCUCCACCACUCCUCAGUGCCUUUCGCUGAUGGAAAACCCAAGGUGCAGCCUGCGGUGAUGGACCACGUUCUUGGGACUCUUGCCGGUGCAUAG